AUGUCGACUACCUCUACUUGCCUCCAACUCGAAGUGUUGCAGAAGACCCCGACUACCUUCCACCAGAACCUGUUUUCGCAGUCUAUCUCAGAUUGCUCUAAUGAGUCAAGAUCUGAGAGUGAACCCCCGUCACCACGGUCUGAGGAGUCAAGGCAAAGAGUCUUGCUUCUCAAGGGGGCCCGGGAACAGUACGCAUUAGUAGAAGAUCAUGCUAUUCCUUCUGUUUUGCAUGAGGGAGAGAUUCUUGUCAAGGUCCUCGCAAUCGGCCUCAAUCCUAUCGACUGGAAGGGACCGGCAUUCAACUUUGGUAUCCCCAGCCUCCCAUGGAUCAACGGGCGUGAUCUGGCUGGUCUUGUAUUACAAGUCCCCAAAGGGCCAUCACGUCUUCGUGUAGGCGAUGUCGUGCUGGUUCCAUCGACAGAUUACCGGGAUAUUAGGAAAGCAGCAUUCCAAGAAUACGCCAUUGCUAAUGACUUCAAUGCUGCCCGAAUUCCUUCUUCAACAUCUAUCCAUGCUUCGGCUUCUGUUGGAGUCGCAUUCGUUGCCGCUGUGCUCGCUUUGGGCGUCUCGUUUGGGCUAGACUUCUCCCUCAUCUCACAAGCCCCUGGUCCUAAUUUGCCCGAUAUCAUCAAAAGACUUGACCGAAAUGAUAUACCCACCGACAUCCAUGAAGAAUGCUUCGCGUCAUUAUUAGACUCAGAAAAGCCACAACGUGGAGAUUGGGUUGCUAUCUGGGGAGCCUCGACGACUACGGGUCUGAUAACUCUUCAAUUGGCCAAACUCGCCAGGUUACGGGUGAUUUGCGUAGCGGAUGCAGCACGGCAUGGUGCUAAGCUUGUGCAGUCCGGUGCAGAUCUGCUAGUCGAUCGACAUGAUCCUGAUCGUGCGGUGGAAAUUAUUCGCGGUGUCACUGGAGGCAAGCUGCGAUAUGCCAUUGAUAUAGUGGGAAGAGACACAGCAACACAGCUUGAAAAGGCUCUUAAUCCCGAUGGCCAUGCCCAUCUCCUUGGAUUAACCGGGCUUCCGAAACAGAGGAACCUGGGGUACAAUAUCACACUGUGCCCAUUAAGCUCUUCCAUACUGCUCCUGCGGUGGGUGAAGCUAUGGUGUGCUGAGGGUGGGUUAGAGGGUAUUAAUGCGGCGCUCGAGACGUUGCGCAGUGGUUCAGUGUCAGGCAAGAGGAUCGUGGUUGAUCUGGGCUCUUUGCCUCGGUAG